CGUCUGCGAGCAGAGAAGUGUGGUGGCUGGCACAGAGGCGCUCUGCAUGCUACUAAAGAAGCUCACAUACCCAUGCCGUUAUAGCGACAUGAUGCAGCGAUUUGGGCAGCGACCAGUACCAGUCUUGUGCAUGGCAACAAAUUGCGUGCUAGAUUUCAUUUACGAUGUUCACCAUCGCCGAAUUACCGAGUGGAACAAUACAAUUUUAAACCCAGUUGCUUUGCAAACAUAUGCUGACUGCAUACAACAAAUGGGCGCACCACUGGACAACUGCUUUGGCUUCAUAGACGGCACAGUACGACCUAUCGCCAGACCAGGAAUGAACCAGCGGGUGAUGUACAAUGGCCACAAAAGAGUGCAUAGCUUGAAGUUCCAGGCAGUUGCCAUCCCAAAUGGCUUAAUUGCCCACCUACAUGGUCCAGUAGAGGGAAGGAAACAUGAUUCAGGGCUUUUAGCAGACUCUGGUUUACUACCUGUAAUGGAACAGCAUGCAGUGUCCCCAGCCGGCCAUCCAAUGUGCCUAUAUGGAGAUCCUGCAUAUCCACUGCGUGUCCACCUCCAGGCCCCAUUCAGAAAUGUCAAUCUCACUCCCCAGAUGAUGGCAUUCAACAAAUGCAUGAGUGAAGUGAGAGUGUCUGUAGAGUGGAUGUUUGGAGACAUCGCCAAUUAUUUUAAGUUCAUGGACUUUAAGAAAAAUUUAAAAAUUGGGUUGAGUAGCGUAGGCAAACAUUGUAUCUGCUUUAUUAAGAAAUGCACUCACUUGCCUGUAUGGUAA